UAGGACUACACAGCUUCACUCCACGCACAGUCCAGGCAUUAGCCAUAGCCUCCAUUUUCAGAGUUCUCUCGUUUGAUCAUUCUUAAUUUACUAUUUCUCCAUCGUUUCUUAAGAAGAAGAUUCUCCUAAACCAUUCGAAAUGAGAAUAAGGAAUUCAAUUCCCAAUUCUCCGAUUUCACUCUCAUUGUCAUCUUCUUCUUCGAUCACCACCAACUCUCUAGCUUCCUCCACGGAUUCGUCUUCCUCCGCUCCAAUCCCCUACCCUUCUAUCCCAUCUCGGUGUAGAGGCCUCGAUCUGCUUGUUAAGGCAAUCCACCAAGUCACAGCUGGAUCGGCGGUCGGUUUUCCUUACAUCCAGAAACGAGUCAUCCGACGGCGGAGAAGAGCUGUCUGCUUCGACAAGCUCUGCAUCAUGAUCGCCGAUCCGAAAUCGUCUCUUCUCGGGAGGGACAGAAGGAAAAGAAGAAGAGCCAUCGCUUCUCUUCCCUCUAAGUAUCAGGACUCUGUGCUUCAAUCCUGGAGGCCAAAAAGCAGGAGAUCCGUCAAGGUUCUAGAUUGCUGAGCUCUGAUUUUAUUGCCUUGUUUCUGCAGAUUCUUUAUUUCAUUUUAUAUUGGAUUUUAGUUGGAUCUAUGUAUUUGUGCGUAUAUAUAUGGAGAAUGGCAGUGUGACAUUUUCAGUCAUGAAGAACUCUCUGUCUUUGAUCGAUCCAAUCAACUAAUGAAUUUGCUAAACUGAGUAUUCAUUCCGGUAUAGUACUUGAAAGGUUUUCAUUUUAUUUUUAAAAGUGAUGAUUUUGAUCAAUUAAUUGAUAUGUCUAAGUUAUAAUUGUGGGAGUAUUUUUAUUCUAUGAACUAGGAAUCUCUAUAUAUUUUUUAAUUUGAAGUGAAAAAUGAUGGAUAAAUCCCCUAAACUAUAAGAUAAGCAAACUUCUCUCCACACUAUUAAGCUGGUAAUUUCUCUUGCAUUUUGGGAAAUUGGUAUCUUGUUGACUGGAAUUGUAUGGCAGCAAUUGCCAACAGUCUAUGUGAGUUCUUCCUGGCUGAAAUUGAUCAUUUCCCAUAUAUAUGGAGAGAUGUAGAGAGAACCACAGAAUCAUAUUCAUUGGAUAUUUGGAUUGUUGCUUUGCUGCAUAUUAAGCUUCUUCUUGAAUCUUUAUUCGUGAGUA